AUGGACAAGUAUCCAGACGAUAAGCACUGUAUGACGAAGAAUCAACCCCAUGAUGUGGUGGAAGACUCCUUCGAGGGAAAGGCACUGCCCGUCAAGGCCUUGUCCAAGUCAUGGCUGACCGGCCUCCUCCAUACCGUCGAGACGAGUGGCAUCCAGCGAGUCACGGAGGAGGAACGCCAGCAGAACACCAGCAAGGUGUGGAACGCGUGUACUUUUUGGCUGAGCGCGAACAUGGCUGUGGCAACCCUCAACGUCGGCUCCGUGGGCGGCAGCCUUGGGUUAUCAUUCUGGGAUUGCUUUGCCAUCAUCGUCGUGGUCAAUGUCUUCAGCUGCAUGAUCCCGGCAUGGACUGCAGGAUUCGGAUUGACGGGCUUGCGUAUGACGUCCUUCUCUCGUUACUCCUUUGGCUAUUGGGGCAAUCUUCUGGUGGUCGUCUUCUCCAUGGUCUCGACCACGGGCUGGAAUGCCGUCAACUCUAUCUCUGGGGCGUCCGUCCUCAAUGCGCUUUCUGACGGGAAGUGUCCGACGUGGCUCGGGGUUGUCAUCAUCUGCACCACUGUCUGGGUCAUCUGUGCCCUGGGCAUCCAUUGGAUACAUCGUCUAGACGCUUUCCUCUGGAUCCCCCCUUUCGUGGUUUGGUGUUUCACCGCCGGUUUCGGUGCCUCACAUUUCUCUGGAGAUGCCAUCAAGUCACCGGCCGGAGCAAAUGGGGCAGCAGCGUCGCUUUCGUACAUCGCCAUCAUAUUCUCCUUUGCCGUGUCUUGGAUCAACUGCGCUGCCGACUAUAACGUGAGAAUGCCUGUCAACACGUCCAGGGCUCAGAUUUUCAUCGCAACCUAUGUCGGAAUCGCUGUGCCCACCAUCCUGGUUCAGGCCCUAGGUGCAGCUCUGUACACCGGCACUGAGAUCAACCCAGAGUGGAAGUUGGCUUUCAAAGAGAGUGGGAUUGGCGGUCCCCUCAAAAUGGCAUUGGAACCAGCUGGAGGUUUCGGAAAGUUCCUCUUGGUUCUUGCAGCAUUGAGUGCCAUUCCAAACAACAUCCCAAACAACUACUCUUUCGCCAUGCAUGCGCAAAAUUUUGGUCCUUGGGCGGCACGCAUUCCCCGAAUCUUUCUCGUCACCCUUGGCUUCAUUGCGGCCAUUAUCGUUGGAGCUUGUGCGGCUGAAUUCUUCAGUGAUACCCUUCAGACGUUCCUGAGCAUCAUCGGGUACUGGACAGUCAUUCAUCUCACUGUUGUUGCAGAGGAGCACAUCAUUUUCCGUGCCGGUCGCUGGAGUCAAUACAACUUGGACGCUUGGAACCAGCCCGGUCUUCUUCCUUUCGGCUGGGCAGCUAUCGGAGCCUUCGGGUUUGGCUUCAUGGGCGCAGCCCUGGGCAUGAAAACAGCUUGGUACACUGCUCCCAUCGCGGGCCUGAUAGGAAGAAAAGGCGCCAACAUCGGUCACGAGCUAACCUUUGCCUUCUCGGCGAUCACAUUCCCAAUCUUCCGAUAUUUGGAGAGAAGAUACGGAGGCAAAUAG